CAUGUUCCCGGAAGACCGAAACUGCUAUGUGCACGCUUGCCAACCCUCACCAGGAAUCGAAUGUAUCAGAAAUCUCCAGCGGGAAUCAUAGCGAAAUGGAAUCGAGGCAAAACGCCUCCUUUCGCAUUGCUCAAUCCGGCCGAAACGGGGAAGAUCAGAGUUUUCCGGAACCCUAGUUCGGAGUUCUCCCGUUUGCUUGCCUGAAACGGUCGAUGGAAGAAGAAUCGGGAGGAGAGGAUGCCCGGGACGUCGCGGAGCCCUAUUCGCCACCGUCGCCGUCGGUGGGGGUUGACGAGGCCCGUCUUUCCCAAUGCGAUCGGGCGGAGUGCGGAGGAGAGGCUGGUUGUUCUUCCGUGCACCAGGGCUCCUCCGUGGCGUCGCCCCACUUCGGCUCGGACGUAGAUGUCCUGAAACUUGCCACCUUGGAGUCUGUCCCUGAUGUCACCUACGCCGGUGAUGGUGAUGGAGAGGCGGCGUCAUUGGAGGUGAAGGAAGCCGAUGACUCGCCAAUUUUCCUGCGGGGGCAGGUGGCGGAGCACGAUGAGGCAGAGGUCUCGUUGCCUCAGGGCUUUCCCGUGGGAUCCUCCUGCUGCUCUGAUGGAGGUUUUGAGAAAGUGAUCGUAUUUGAGCCUGAUGCAGGUGACCUCUUGAAAGAGGAGGUACUGCACAUGGCAGCGGAAGAGACCAAAAGCACGCUAAUUCCCCAAUGGCAACAGGGCAAGGAUAGUCUCAAGCAAGAGGUUUCGAGUUCUCUGGGCUCGCCUGCUGUGUCUCCCUCUGGUUCUGAUGGCGUUCUCCUGAAAUUUGCUUCCUUUGAGACUGACGCCACCGCCACCAUUGCUGGUGAAGAUGGUGCUGUGGAAGAGGCAAAUAUGGAUGUCGACAGUGUGCAAGUUCCCCUACAGCAUCAUGAGAAGGACGGUGUUCAGGAAGAGGUUCUGAUGCUUCCCUGUAGCUCUGAUGUUGGCCUUCUGAAAUUUGUUGCCUCUGAGACCGUCAUCAGUGCCAACACUGCAAACGAUGAUGUUGCUCUGGAAGAGGCAGUGACUCAGAUGGAUGUCGAUGGUGUGCUAAGUUUCGCAUGUAAGCAGGCAGAGAACUGUGGGGGGGAGGACAUUUCAAUGCCUAAGAGCCCUGCUGCUUUGUCACCCUCCGUCUCCAAAGAACGACUUGAGAAAGUAGCAGCCUUUGAGAUUGACGCUCUUGCCACCGCAGGCGAUGAUGAUGCUGUGAAGGAAGAGGUGUCAUUGGUUGAUGCGGACAAAUUGGACAAUGUACCGCUUCCCCUAUAUGAGCAGAUAGUAGAUGUUGGGGGGCAAGAACCUACGAUGCCUCAGGUCUCCCUUGCUGAGUUUCCCUCUGUCUCUUAUAGAGAAGAUGAGAACAUUGCUAAGAUUGAGCAUGAUGCAUCCACCAUGUCUCAUGGCAGUGCUGAUGUUAUCGAUGAUGAGCCAGCACAAAAGGAUGCAAAGACAGAUGGCACAUCAGUUGUUGAACAAAGGGGUGGAGGGCGGCGGAAGAGGGGCCGACCACCGAAGGCUCAGGGACAGGCAGCGAGGACACUUUCAAGGAGAAAAGAGGAGGAAGAGGUGUGCUUUAUAUGCUUUGAUGGAGGUGAUCUUGUGGUCUGUGAUCGUAGAGGGUGUCCAAAGGUAUACCAUCCUUCAUGUGUUAAUCGAGAUGAGGCUUUUUUCCGUGCAAAGGGUCGAUGGACCUGUGGCUGGCAUAUAUGUAGCAGCUGCGAAAGAUCUGCCCACCAUAUGUGCUUUACUUGUACUCAUGCUUUGUGUAGAGGGUGCAUCAAAGAAUCUGGAUUUUUUUGUGUCAGAGGAAAUAAAGGCUUCUGCCAAACAUGCAUGAGCACUGUGAUGCUGAUAGAGACAAAUGAGCAUGGGAAUGAGAAAAUGAUCAGAGUAGAUUUUGAUGACAAAAGUAGUUUUGAAUAUUUGUUCAAAGACUACUGGUUAGAAUUGAAAGCAAAAUUAUCAUUGACAUUGGAAGAAUUGACAAGGGCCAAAAACUCGACUAAGAAAUCCGAUGUAGCCACUGAAAAAGAGGACUCUUCUGAUGAUUUGCAUAAUGCUAAACAAGCACAAGUGUCAAGUUCAGACAGCUCUCCAGAGCAUAAAGAAAGCCUUUCUUCCAGGAGGAAGAUAAGGAAAAGAUCUAGAAACACUGUCAAUGAGGAAGGCUCAGUAAAAGUAGUAGAAAAUGAUGGGACAUCGGUCUCCAGGGACAGCAACUGGGCUUCAGAUGAACUUUUAGAGUUUGUGUUGCAUAUGAAAAAUGGUGAUAGGACUGCUCUAUCCCAGUUUGAUGUUCAAGGUCUUUUGCUUGAGUAUAUUAAAACAAAUAAACUCCGUGAUCCUCGUAGAAAAAGCCAGAUUGUUUGUGAUUCAAGGCUACAGAACCUUUUUGGAAAGCAACGUGUGGGGCAUUUUGAAAUGCUGAAACUUCUUGAAUCACAUUUUCUUUUGAAAGAUGUUUCACCACUGGAUACUGAGGACAAGCAAGGAGGGGUUGUAGAUCCUGAUCCUGAUACUGAUCAAAUAAAUGCAAAAACUAGUGAUAUAUCCUUGAAGAUAAUGCCCGACAAGAGACGAAAAACAAGAAAGAAGGUGGAGAAGGAGCUACUAAAUGACCUUGAUGAUUAUGCAGCAAUCGAUGUUCAUAACAUAAGCUUAAUGUAUCUAUGUCGCAAUUUAAUGGAGGAGUUGGUUGAUGAUAUUUCAUUUGAAGAGAAAGUUAUUGGAUCAUUUGUAAGGAUAAGGAUUUCUGGUGUUGGUCAACGGCAAGAUCUGUACCGAUUAGUCCAAGUUGUUGGUACAAGCAGAGCAGCAGAAAGAUACAAAAGCGGGAAGAAGACUACUGAUGUCACACUUGAGAUACUGAAUUUAAACAAGGAGGAGGUUAUUCCCAUUGAUAUUAUAUCUAAUCAGGAGUUCACCGAGGAGGAAUGCAAACGCUUAAGACAAAGUAUUAAAUGUGGAUUUAUUGGUCGGCUAACAGUGGGAGAUGUUCAGGAAAAGGCUGGAUCUCUCCAGGCUGUUAGAAUAAAUGAUUGGUUGGAAAGUGAGAAGUUAAGACUUGGUCAUCUUCGUGAUCGUGCUAGUGAAAAAGGUCGUAGAAAAGAGCUUAGAGAGUGUGUAGAGAAGCUGCAGCUAUUGAACACACCUGAAGAGCGUAAUCGUAGGCUUAAUGAGGUCCCUGAAAUACAUACUGACCCACAUAUGGAUCCGGACUAUGAGUCUGCCGAGGAAGAAGAGUCAGAUAUAAGAAAACAAGAUUACUAUAACAGAUCAAGAGGAUCUUCCUUCGUUAGGAAUGGGAAGGAGGUUAAGUCUCCUGGAAAAGGAGGUUCUAUUUUAAGUGCUAGCUGGAGUGGUUCACGGAAAAAUUCAAACACUUGGGAGUCAAACAGAAGUACACUGAUUGAAGGUGCUUCUAUUACAGAUUCUUCUUCUGUCAGAGGUGUCAAUACAAUCGAGUUUUCCUUGAAUCAGGCUAAUGAUGUGUGCCAGGCAAGUAGUUCUGAGGCUUCAAAAAAUCAUGGGAUUGCAAGUUCUUCAGAUGCCAGUCUUUAUAACGAGAAAGUGAUUAGAUCUGAACAGUUAGCUGAUGGUGCGCAAGGAAAUAAAAAAGCAUCUUUACCAGGUGGGCUUGCAGCAAUAGCAAAUGAAUCGGAUAAGAUUUGGCACUAUCAAGAUCCCUCUGGGAAAAUUCAAGGGCCAUUUUCAAUCAUUCAAUUACGAAAGUGGAAUACUACUGGAUACUUCCCUCGUAAUUUGAAAAUAUGGAGAACUUCUGAGAAGCAAGAAGACUCCAUAUUACUGAGUGAUGCACUGGUUGGUCAAUUUGAGAAAGACUUGCCGGAGUGGGAACCUCACAAUAACAGCACUUCCCAAUCAGCAACUAAUUUGGAAGGUAUUCACAGAGGAAGUAUUAAUAUUGCAUUGUCUAACAGCAAGAACGAUGCACAAAAAUAUAAAUUUGGAGAAAAUGAGAAGUGGGACACCAGGGAUUCACCAAAUGUGUCUAUUCCUACUGCACAACCAAGUAGCAAAUGUUGGUUGAUCGCUGAAGGUUCUAUAAAUAAACACUUGUCAUCUAGUGCUUCUUUGCAAACUACCACUUCAGCCUCGGUUAGCACUUCGAGGGGCAGGGAGGAACUGCAGUGUUCCCUGACGAUUAAUGAAUCCAGUAGAAGUUCAUCACAUUCAUUGAGGGAAUUGGACACAUGCUCCGGACAAGUUGUGCUUGGUCAAAACGUUAUUUUAGAUGGUGCUAAAUCUCAUUCUGCAUCUCGAUCCACAACAGACACUGUUUUAUUGGGGAAAACCAUUGCUUUGACCCAGCAUCCAGAUAAAAUUGAUGCUUUGGGUAACUUUCACAAAAAGAAUUCUGAACUUGAGUCAUCAUCAGCUUCAGAAAAUCAAACAGCUCCUGAGUUGCCUCUGAGGGAUGAAAUGAACCGACCAAGUUAUGUGAUGGAUUUUGGUGGCUCUAGUUCCACCAAAAUUGGGGCUGGCUUGUGCAGCAACCAGUCAUUAGAAAUGAAGAUGACCCUGUCCCGUAGACCGGCAGCAAGUGGGAUAUUAUCUUCUGAACAUGAUCAGCUAUCUUCUUCUCAGUCGGAUGAUAAGCAGGAUCAUCUUUUUGUCUUGCAUGGCCAACAUGAUCCUGACAAGGAGUUGCUGAGAGUGCAUGAUAGAUCAUCUGAUGAAACUACAAGGAAAUCAGAUGGAAGUGGAAGAAAUAGUGAUUUUGUGGCUUGUGCUCAAAAGGGGACUUCAGUUUCAUCCGUUUGCUUCCAUCCUGAGAGGCUUAGUUUUCAAUUGGAGACUAGUGAUCCAUCUAAAGAUCCCAAGGAAAACACUCAUGUGACUGAAGUAGAAAAUUUAGCACCAGCAGCCAGUUCCAAAAUUUUCAGGGUUGACUCAAUGAGGAAUUCAGCUCCUCUUGCUGUUUCUGUGGACAACCAGUUACAUCAAACUUUAACUGUUCCAUAUCCAGGAUCUAAUCUAGUCCCGGAGGUCUCAUCUGAAGCACCUGAUCUAAGUGCUCAUCCUAGUAAUGCAGCUGCUAACUUAUUUGUUCAAUCAAUCUCAGCUCAGAGGUCACAAACAUCUGCAGCUCCCACCCCAGAGCCACACAAACCAGGUCAUGAGCCUAUGCAUUCUGCAACACAUACAAAGAGCAGUAACAAGUUGACUCCAUCUGUACCACACAUGACACCUAAUGGAUGGAACACUGCUACUGGUUCUGCCAUAGUUAACAAUACCCACUCGCUUCCUUCCGAUGGUUCUAACACACUCUCGUCUUCUCAUUUUGGUGUGAAUGCAACUCUUGUACCUGUUCAACAAACACAACUGGGUUUUGAUCCUGGAUCCAGUGUUCAAAACACUGGUUUUGCAGUGGCUGCACAAAAUCCAAACGUAAACCUUGGGCCUGUUCAAGGUACUGGAAAUAUGAAUUGGACACCAGUGCCACAAGGAAACAUGAAUGCUGGCUGGGGAAUGGUAGCACACGGUAGCAUGAACAUGCCUUGUGGACAAUCAGCUCAAACUAUUGCAAAUCUGAACAUGGGUCUGGGAGCUCAAAAUCAGGUAAAUACAAUGAUGAACACAGGUUGGGUAGCACCAGCACAUGGAAACACAAAUAUGAAUGUAGCUUGGGUAUCUCCGGUGGUGGGGAACACUAAGCAACCUUCUGGAUGGGGAGGUCAGUCGCAAGGAAAUUUAACAGCAAAUCCUGUUUGGACCAUGCUUUUACCAGGUCAUCACACAAACCCUAGUCCUGGUUGGGUAGCACCGGCACCCUCAAAUGCAAACCAGAGUUGGGAAACACCAGCACAGGGGACCAUGAAUACAGAUGCUUCCUGGGGAUCACAACAAGGAAAUAUCAACCCAUGUUGGGUUCCAUCAGCUGGAAAUUCUCAGAGCUCAAGUACACGACCACCACAAAGUGGAAGCAGGCGUUUGGGUCGGUGUGACAACUUGCAAGGCAAUGACUCAGGGCAAGCAAAACAGAGGCCUUCAUGGAACAGGAUGCAGUCUGGUGGGGGAUCAUCUCUACCUCCAAGAGGGCAGACGGGCAUAUGCAAAUUCCACGAGAUGGGGCACUGCAAGAAAGGAGCAUCAUGUAACUAUUUCCACCCAUAAAUGAGAAAGGAUCUACGAAGCAGGUAACUUUUUGGUUUUUGUUAAAGUUUCCUUUUCCAUCUGUUUGUCGGAGUCGCAACCGUGCAUUCCUGCGAGCUGUAUUUUGUGGUGAUGCCAUGUAGAACAUGGAUGGCGUUGAAAGAUCAUACGAAGCCAACGUUACCUGCCUCUGUUUACUGUCUUCUUAGUCAUGAUCCUCUUUACUCGCAUUUGAAUCAAGACUAUGAUAGAUAUAAUACAAAGCUCUUGAACUUGAGUCGGAAGAUAACUCUCCCGGUUCUGCUUUUUGUGUACUUGGAUUACUGCAUGGCUUUUCGUUCUUUCUUUUUUGUUCUGUUUCACAGAAGGGAUAGUCUUUCAAAACGUUGUGCGGAAGUGGCAGUAUGUAUUAGGUGAAUUUGACACAGUAACAAUCAUGC